ACAGAAUGCAGCGCACAGGAGGGAGAGAGCUGUGCAGCCAAACACAGAGGAAUUAGGAGCUCUUUCCUAUCUCUUCUUCCCCUGUGGUGGCAGGCUGUGAGCUCUUGGGUUAAUAAUGCUUGUAAGCCAGAGGUGAAAGUGGCUCAGCAGAGCAACACUGGGAAAUCUGGCAGACUGGAAGAGAACAGCUGCCCUGCAGGGCAGCUGCCGAGCGUGAAGCAUGGAGGAGAGUAAGAACGAGAAGGUGAACCAGGCUCACGUUCUCUUCGACAGAUUUGUCCAGGCUUCAACGUGCAAAGGGACUCUCAAGGCUUUCCAGGAGCUCUGUGACUACUUAGAACUAAAGCCCAAGGACUACCGUUCUUUCUAUCACAAACUCAAGUCCAAGCUAAAUUACUGGAAAGCCAAAGCCUUGUGGGCCAAAUUGGAUAAAAGGGGCAGCCAUAAGGACUAUAAGAAGGGGAAAGCAUGCGCCAACACGAAGUGUCUGAUAAUUGGGGCUGGACCCUGUGGCCUUCGUACAGCCAUCGACCUGUCAUUCCUGGGAGCCAAGGUGGUGGUCAUAGAAAAGAGGGAUGCCUUUUCCCGCAAUAAUGUUCUGCAUUUGUGGCCAUUCACCAUACAUGACCUGAGGGGUCUUGGCGCCAAGAAGUUUUAUGGCAAAUUCUGUGCAGGAUCCAUAGACCAUAUCAGUAUCCGUCAACUCCAGCUUAUCCUUUUGAAGGUUGCCUUGAUCUUGGGAAUAGAGAUCCAUGUCAAUGUGGAAUUUCAAGGGCUUGUUUACCCUCCGGAGGAUCAGGAAAAUGAAAGAAUAGGUUGGCGUGCAUUGGUCCAUCCGAAAACCCAUCCAGUAUCAGAGUAUGAAUUUGAAGUGAUCAUUGGAGGGGAUGGCAGAAGGAACACUUUAGAAGGGUUUCGCCGAAAAGAGUUCCGUGGUAAACUGGCGAUUGCUAUCACAGCGAACUUCAUCAAUCGUAACACCACAGCUGAAGCCAAAGUAGAAGAGAUCAGUGGUGUGGCUUUUAUAUUCAACCAGAAGUUCUUCCAGGAUCUACGAGAAGCCACCGGUAUUGACUUAGAGAACAUCGUCUACUAUAAGGAUGAUACACACUACUUUGUCAUGACUGCCAAAAAACAGAGCUUGCUGGAUAAAGGCGUAAUACGACAUGAUUAUGCUGAUACGGAAUUAUUACUCUCACGGGAGAACGUGGACCAGGAAGCUUUGCUAAACUAUGCCAGAGAAGCAGCUGACUUUUCCACUAAUCAGCAGCUGCCGUCACUGGACUUCGCCAUCAACCACUAUGGGCAGCCAGAUGUGGCAAUGUUUGACUUCACGUGCAUGUAUGCAUCAGAGAAUGCAGCGCUGGUGCGAGAGCAGAACGGCCACCAGUUACUUGUGGCACUGGUUGGGGACAGUCUCUUGGAGCCAUUUUGGCCAAUGGGAACUGGAAUAGCGAGAGGAUUUUUAGCUGCAAUGGACUCUGCUUGGAUGGUACGAAGUUGGUCACUCGGAGCAAGUCCUUUGGAAGUUCUUGCAGAGAGGGAAAGCAUUUAUAGACUACUGCCUCAGACCACCCCUGAGAAUGUGAGUAAAAACUUCAGCCAUUAUAGCAUUGAUCCAGCCACUCGGUAUCCCAAUAUCAACGUCAACUUCUUGCGACCACAGCAGGUACGCCACUUGUAUAAUACAGGAGAUUUGAAAGACAUACACCUGGAAAUAGAGAAUUUUGUGAACUCCAGGACGCCAAAGCUGACUCGGAAUGAGUCUGUAGCUCGCUCUAGUAAAUUGCUCAGUUGGUGCCAGAGGCAGACAGAUGGGUAUGCUGGUGUAAAUGUGACAGAUCUCACGAUGUCAUGGAAAAGUGGCUUAGCUUUGUGUGCCAUUAUCCACAGAUACCGUCCAGACUUAAUAGACUUUGAUUCUUUGGAUGAACACAAUGUGGAGAAGAAUAACCAGCUGGCCUUUGACAUUGCUGAAAAAGAGUUUGGAAUAUCUCCCAUUAUGACUGGAAAGGAAAUGGCAUCUGUCGGGGAACCAGAUAAACUCUCCAUGGUGAUGUACCUCACGCAGUUCUAUGAGAUGUUCAAAGACACCAUCCCUUCUAGUGAUAGUGUGGAUCUGAAUGCAGAAGAAAAGGCCGCCCUAAUUGCCAGUACCAAAUCUCCAAUCUCUUUUCUCAGUAAACUGGGACAAAGUAUAUCUCGGAAACGCACUCCAAAGGACAAAAAAGAAAAGGAAUUGGACGGUGCAGGAAAGAGGAGGAAAACCAGCCAAUCUGAGGAUGAGGACAUUCCUCGAAGCUACAGAGAAGAAAGACCUACAUUGGUGAGUGCCCUGACAGAGAGGAGAAUUGAUGCUGCCAUUGGGAAUCAGAACAAAGUCAAGUCCAUGGCAACCCAGCUUCUGGCCAAGUUUGAGGAGAAUGCACCGGUGCAGUCCUCAACAUUACGAAGACAGCAGCCUGUCCUGCCUUAUCAAGAACGCGUUCACAAUCAACCAUCCAGCAGACGAGAGCAGGGCCGUCUAGCUCCUAUACCCCAGUGGAAACAGAUGAGGAGUAAGGAACGUUGUCGGACCUGCCCCAAAAAAGUGAUCAUGCUCUCUUCUUCCACUCCACCUUCCUCUCCAUCGUAUCCCAGACUGCAGAGAUACAGGGAUCCUGGUGCUGGAUAUCCUGGGGAGCAGAGUCCCAGACAGGAAAGGAGAUCUCCUCGUUUAUUUUCUGAUGACCAAGUGCCUGAGAAUGUUGAACAAAGGGCAUGUCAGCUGGCUGCCCUCCUGGAGCCCAGGCGUGCAGCGAGGCAUCAGCCUGAGACUGAACCGUCUCGCCGAUUCUUUGUUGACCAGUGGGAGCUCUCCCUUAGCCUCCGUUCUUCUAAUCGCCCUUCUUCACCUUCAUCUGACUCUCUUCGACAGAAGUAUAUAAAGAUGUACACAGGCGGAGUGAGCUCAUUGGCUGAGCAGAUAGCCAAUCAGCUUCAAAGGAAAGAGCAACCCAAAACCCUUCUAGACAAGAAGGAACUGGGCUCGCUCAAAAAGGAGUUCCCCCAGAACCUGGGAGGCAGUGAUGUCUGUUACUUCUGCCGCAAGCGAGUCUAUGUGAUGGAAAGGCUGAGUGCUGAAGGCAAGUUCUUCCACCGCAGUUGCUUCAAGUGUGAAUACUGUGCCACCACUCUGCGGUUGUCAUCUUACGCCUAUGAUAUUGAAGAUGGUAAAUUCUACUGUAAGCCCCACUACUGUUACCGACUCUCCGGUUAUGCUCAAAGGAAGAGGCCAGCAGUGUCAGGAAAGGACACCAAAGGACCUCUGCAGGACACUAUGGCAAGUGAUGGAAGUGGACGGGCAAAUUCCAUCUCCUCCUCAGCAGAGAGGGCCCCAGGUCCUAAUGUAAAUGGGCUGGAAGAGCCCAGCCUUGCUAAGCGCUUGCGUGGCACACCUGAGCGAAUUGAGCUGGAGAAUUACCGACUGUCACUGCAACGGGAAGAGGAACUGGAAGAGGUUCCUGAGGAGACACUAGCAGAACAUAAUCUGAGCAGUGUGUUGGACAAAGGAGCAGAGGAGGAUGUGCCCAGCAGCAGUUCAGAGUCUGAGAUGGAGGAGGAAGAUGAAGAUGAGGAUGAUGAACUGCUGCUGCCUCAGCAACCCCCUUCAGACUUGGGAGGUGUGCCAUGGAAAGAGGCUGUGCGCAUCCAUGCCCUAUUGAAGGGGAAGAGCGAAGAAGAGAUUGAAGCGGAGGAAAAUCAUGAGUAUGAUGACAGAGAAGAAGACGAGGAGGAGGAGGAGGAUGAUGAGGAAUAUGAAGAGGAGUCUAGCGAAGAGGGAGAGUAUUGCCCUUGGGAGAAAGAGCUGCAGCAAGGCCUCUGGCUUCAACGUCUCUCAAAUGAAGAGGACACGGGUACAUUUAAAGCUGGAAACCUUAGGCUGCAGCAGAUUGUAAAUCCGGUUGAUCCUCUGGAGAUUCUGGCAGAUGUGCACUGGACACACAUCCGUGAAAAAGAGGAGGAGGAAAAAAUGGUCCCAGCCUCAAAGUCCUCCACCUCCAGAGCGUCCGACCUUCCCUCCGUACGCCAUGAGGCGGUACAGGCGUGGCUGGAGACGGUCCCUGGAGCUUCGUGUGAAGAUAAUGGUGUGGAGGAUGAGCUGGGCACAGAGCCUGCAGACACUGAAGGGCAGGCGGGUGAAGAGGGAGACACGGGUGCAGAGCUGGAUGACGAUGACAUCCCAUCUGAUGCAGAAGCCGAGUUUCGCUUACGUCAAGGUAGCGCAGAAGAGCCAGGACUGAAAGUUUCUGAAGAUGAAGAAGGAGCAGAAGAUGCUUCUUGCCGCGUGACAGAAGAUCCAUGCAAGCCGUCUGCUCCUAACCAGUCAACUAAUGACAUUGUUCUUCCUCUGUCUCCAGCUGAUAGUCUCAAAGCAGAACAAGCAGAGGAUGUAAAAGAUCCCCUGGCUGCAAUAAAAUCUCCAGAAGCACGCUUUUUCCCUGAGCUUUUCCUUCUUGAGGAAGGACCGAAGGAUGAAAUUCCCAAAGACAGAAAAGCUAAAAGCCCUUCUGUGCCACUUUCUCCUGUGUUAUCUCAGCCGGUUGCAUCACCAGAAACUACUGCACCUACAUCUCCAGCAGAAUCUCAGCCAGCAGCACCAAAAUUGGCUUCAUCUCCAACGUCUUCUCAAAAGCCUAUCUGUUCACAGCCUUUGCCUUCUGCUGAGACAUCCAUUCCAUCCCCAGUGGAGCCUCCAGUAUGUUUCCAGCCUGGCCCAGCCUUAACUUCUACUCCUCUAGCUAAACUGGUCCUCAGGAACCAGGAUAGCGAAGUGGAGAAACUGGGGAGCCCUACCACUGCAGAAGAAACUCUGAAACGUAGUAACCUUGUAGAAGAGUUCUGGAUGAAGAGUGCUGAAAUCCGGAGGAGCUUAGGACUCACCCCAGUAGACAGAAACAAACGUUCAGAAUCAAACUUUCCUGUAUCUGCCCUUGAGACAACUCCUCUGAAGACUUUUAAUAGUGAGAGUGUCACAGGGGAUGAAAGGAUGCAUCUUGUGAAGCCACAGCCUGCCCCAAGAAGGCAGGGACUGUCCAAGUUAGAAAAUGAGCAAAUUUCUCUGCUCACUCCAAAAUCUCCAUCAGAAAAAGAACUGAGGAGUUCCCAUGAAGUUAAGAGAGAUGUAUCCAGCAGUUCAGGACUUGGUCUUCAGGAGAGCUCAUCUAACAUGAGAACUUUGGCUAGCCAGAGCUUCAACACUUCUGACUCUACUAUGCUUACUCCUCCAUCAAGUCCCCCACCACCACCUCCUCAAAAUGAAGAACCAGCUACUUUGCGUAGAAAAAGGUAUCAAGCACUUUGGCAGAAUGAGGUUGAAUCCAAGUCACCUCCAACACCAGCAUCAACGCCUCCUGUUCCUCCACGCCAUGAGCCAACCUCUGCUGUCAAAGAACCAAUGCAGGCCAAAAAGGAUGACGUGCGAAAGUCUUUUGCAGAGAGUGUGGAUGAAAUUCCAUUUGCUGAUGAUGUGGAGGACACAUAUGAUGACAGGACAGAGGACUCAAGCCUUCAUGAGAAGUUCUUUACACCUCCUACCAGUAGGCCACGGCCAGAGAAACCACUUGUUUUGCCCUUGGUGAAGGAAAAUGGUGGUCCACCCUCUAUGGAGGGAGGGGUUAACCAGAAGAAGAGAGUGUUGCCUGAAAUUUCUGCAGAGGCCAAGGAGCUUGCUGAAGAAAGGAUGAGAGCCAGAGAGAAGUCUGUCAAGAGCCAGGCACUACGUGAUGCCAUGGCUAAACAGUUAUGUAAGAUGAAAGAGAUGGAGAUGGCUGCAGCUGCUGGAUCCGCAAGGGCACGAAAGGCAUCUUCUAUGCCUUUGAAGACCAAAGAGUUGUUUCAUGACUCUCCAAAGCACUUGGCAUUGAAAAUAGCAGAGGUGUCCACACUAAAGCAUGAUGCUGCUAGUGAGAAGUUCUCCACUCCUGCUGAUGUGGCUGGACCUGAAGGAUCUGUCACCUCUUCAGAGGGCUCCAGUGGGAAGAGUAAGAAAAGAACUUCUCUUUUCUCCCCUCGUAAGAACAAAAAGGAGAAGAAAUCCAAAAAUGACAGCAGGCUUUCCGACAAAUCUAGUGGUGGGACAGAGGAAACAACGAAGUCCAGGUCAUUAUGGAAGUCUGUUUUUUCUGGGUAUAAGAAAGACAAGAAGAAGAAAGCUGAUGACAAAUCCUGCCCAAGUACUCCCUCAAGUAGUGCUACUGUGGACUCUGGCAAGCACAAAGCAUCUCCGUUGAUUACAGCUGCAGAUUUGCAGCUCCGUCGACACCUGAGUUUCUCAGAGGACUCUGACCUCUCCAGUGAUGAUGUUCUGGAACGCUCCUCCCAGAAAUCCAAGCGAGAGUCGAUUUAUGUACCACACGCCUUGGCAUUCAAGAGAUCAUAUUCGUCAAAGAGAGCCUACACAGAAGAGGAACUGAAUGCUAAGCUGACCCGACGAGUACAGAAGGCUGCCCGCAGACAAGCCAAGCAAGAAGAGCUCAAGAGGUUACAUAGAGCUCAGAUCAUCCAGCGGCAGCUUGAACAAGUGGAAGAGAAGCAGAGACAGCUAGAGGAGAGAGGGGUUGCUGUGGAGAAGGCCCUUCGAGGAGAAGCAGUUGAGCCCAAUGGCGGGACACCACGUCGUAGACCUCUCUCCUUCUGCCCUUGCUGUGCCCACGAAGGCAUGGGAAAGAAGGAUGAUCCCAAGCUGAUGCAAGAAUGGUUCAAGCUGGUGCAAGAGAAGAAUGCCUUGGUUCGCUAUGAGUCCGAACUGAUGAUCUUCGCACGGGAGCUAGAACUGGAAGACAGGCAGAGUCGAUUACAACAGGAACUCCGGGAGAGGAUGGCAGUGGAAGAUCAUCUAAAGACAGAUGAGGAGCUCUCAGAGGAGAAGAGGAUCCUGAAUGAGAUGCUAGAAGUAGUAGAGCAGAGAGAUUCUCUCGUGGCUCUCCUUGAGGAGCAACGGCUUCGAGAAAAAGAGGAAGACAAGGACCUGGAGGCAGUCAUGCUUUCCAAAGGAUUUAGCUUGAACUGGUCCUGAGCUCAAUACAUUUACCUCUGCUGGUUUGUGUUCUCCAGUUGGCUUACCCUGAGUUCGCCAGAAUUACAUGGAUAGGAAGAUGUUGAAGGGGAAAUCUCCGAAGGGCCCGACAGCAUGCAGCGAUUUGGUUUGAAGCACUCAGAAGCCUUUUGAUAAGUGUGUUGGCUCCAGAAGCUUAAGUUUUACAUGUCUGCAAGCCAUGUUGAAGACAACGAGUGGAGCCUGUGGAGUCUCCUUGAAGUUCAGUACAAUUGACUGCAUUUUAUUUUUUGUUUGGUAGCAGGGAGAGGGAUAAUCCAUGUGUGGGGAAGGAGGUUAAGGGAAGAAGUACCUUAACUAAUCUGGAUUUAUGGCAGUCCGUUCCUUUCCCAUUUUUACUACAACAGUCCUAAUAAAAGGGAGGGAAGUAACAACCCUCUUUGGAAAACCACAGCAGCCUGUAGCAACCUGUUUGAUGGAAUCAGCUAUCCAGGAGAGCUCCAGAAGCCCAGGGCAGCACCUUCUUUGUUUUAGUCUUCCUCCCCACCAAAGAAACUUACAGUUGGUCAUUAUGCAUGGAUAUGAAGAAAUGAGACAGAGAAGACACUACUAGUUAUGCGUGAUGGAACUCUCUGCCUCACGGUUUGUAAAGAGAUUUGGGCAUCAGAAGACUCACUCCCUAUCACAGUCUCCUAAGGCUUUAUUGUUGGGGAAAAAGGGGAGAAGAAGAGACGGAAGAUGCCCUGCUUUGCUACACACUGGAGAGACAGCUGCUGCUGGCCUUUAUCUUCUUGGCCACAGCUCAGAGGCUGAUGGGCUUCUUUGUUCUGUUUUUAUUGCGACUGUUUUGACACUGGAAAAACUGACUGUGGGACAGUGUUGAGUGUGCGCUGGGGCAGGGGUGUUACCAAGCAGCAUUCCCUGGCUGUUCAGCUCCUAAAAGGGAGAAGCCCGUAAGUGACUGAAACCACCAUUAAGACUUUUCAGUGUUUUUAUUUUUUCCUCUAUAUUUUGUUUUUGCACAUUGGAAACGAAGCUUAAGACCUGCCUGGGCCCUCAGUCACUUUGACCCUUUUAUGUCGAUUAACUUAUUUUUUUAAUACUUGAAAGAAAAUUCAUUUUUGUAUCUUUUAGGAAAAAAAAAAAAUAUGGAUGAAUGAUAGGUGUGUGUGCCUGCUGCAUCCUACAACUUCCACUUCUAAAUUACUGGACGUUGUUACCUGUGGCUAUUUAUUAGUGUUUUUAUAAUGUUACACAUAUUCGAGGGGGGAUGGGGGAGUGUUUUAACUCUAUUAGAGGAAGACACUACUGCAGAUUGGUCCCUCUUUCAGAGCAAGGGCAGUCUUUAUGGACCCCAUGGACGCAUCCUGCCCUAGCAAGAUUUCCUUUAUGAUAAAAUCCUGCACACUUGUGGAGUUGUAAGAAUCUAUUUUGUGUUCCUAGCAUACUUUUCUUCUGCGUCCCAAAAAUCCCUCAGUUGGACUAAUAAACCUAUAAUUUAUUUAAAUUUAAAAUUUUUAUAAUGAGAAAGCCAAAAAUGUAAGGCAGAAAUAUCCCAUAUGUCCCUUUCUCACUGAAAGAGAGACCUUCAUACUCCUGAGAUACAGCUAGAGGGACUUUCAUGAAAACAAAAAUAGCACAUUUCCUGCUACUUCCUGUUGGAAGAAGCUCCUUUUGGCUCAGCUGGUGAAGCUGCUGCUUUUAAGCUAAGAGGGUACUCAUUAUAAUUGUGUGUUAAGUAAUGUGCAGGUCAUGCACUUAGCAAUUCAGCACCAUCCACUGUUUGACAGAUUCAGGAGCAUGCUACAUCCUUAACUUGUUGCACAGAGCUGCAAUAGCACUGUGUGUUGGGUCUGUGUCCCAUCCUUAACGUAAUGUGUUAAGAAGUUGUUUUUAAUUCGUUUUUGUUUUUCCCCUUGAGUUGUUGCCUAUUUUCUUUUCACGUUAAGGAAAUACUAAGCCUGCUCUCCAGUGUCUUUGGAAAGGUGUUCCAUUCCCAAGCAUAUUCAUACAGCAUGGUGGCUCUUUCAGCUUGAACAUACACUGUUGGUGCAAGAUGCCCAAGCAGGGCUGAACAUCCUUUAAUUCUUUGCCCCAGGGUAAAUGUUAACAUGGUUUACUGCUGCUGACUCUCUGUCUCCUUCAAAGAGGCCAGCUGUCUAUAACCUGAGGUCACCUCUGAUGGAUGAACAUAUGCUGAGGAAGAAUGCAUAGGAUGGUGUCCAAGGUCUGUGAGCAGGGCUGAUUGCUAACUACGGAAACUUGUUUUUUAUACUUCAGGAGUUUCCUCUUUUCCCCUCCUUACCAUUGUCAUUUAAGGCAUUGCAAAUUAAACACAUGCUGUGAAACAAAGCAGGUAGGCAGCUUCAGUGCUACUUAGUAACUAUGCAUGUUAGAAAGUCAUACCCCUAUACCAACCUCACUGGACAAAAUUCUUGAGGAGUGUUGGCCUGCUAGAGGAUUCGGUUAGCAGAGUACUCCCUAUUUGCCAGGGCAGAGGCCAGCUGUGGAGUCAAACUGGUGGUGGUAAUAGGUUACGUAGUCUGCAUGAGGGGCCAGUGGAACCUGCAGAGGAGAGGAGAAAGAGAGAACCUCAGUAAUUUCCAGUAAACUGUCCUGCGCAGAGAAUCAGCCUCAGUCCCUUCUGUAGUAUGGACCAUAUUUAACUUUUAACAAAAGAUCACUGAAUGUGAGCUGUAUAAAGAAGACAUACCAGGUUAGUACCUAUCCCUUUUCAUGCUGGGGGACGUGGGCCAGAUUUUUUCACUGCCUGAGUCUAUCACUUGAGGGUGUAAUGCCCUACUGCAGGGGAAAAAUGCAUAUCCUACAACUGAACUCUCUGAGUUGUGCUGAAGUCCUCCAGCACUCAGAAUGAAAGUGGAGACCUAACAUCGCACACACAGUCAAUUGAAAGUACAUGAAAGGAAACCUUAAAAGGCCUUUUUAUAUCAAAUGGUUUUAAAAGGCACAACUUGUAUUUGCUGUUCAGUUGCACUUUAAGAAUAUAACUUACAUACCAGAUACUGGGUUUUUUUACUGUCUGAAUAUUUUUAAUUCAAACUUUGUAUUUUUAAAGCUAAAGAAGGCUCUUGUGACCACAAGAUCCCUUAUUUGUAUCAGAAUCCAAGUAGGAUGUUCUAGCUCCUUGUGCUAUCCAGGUGCAAAGCAGCACAUGUCUCAGCCAUGUGUAUUCAAUGACGUGUGUCCGUCAAGCACACGAAGGAAGUGAGAAGGCCCUCAGCUUCUGAGAAUUAGGCAUGCAGAGGUAUCUGCUUGUAUGCCCCUAUGUGACAGUCCCCGUACCAGGGGCUGGCUCCUUCCUCUGUGUCGUGGGAGGAGCACAGAGCUCAGAACCUAACCCACCUUUGUUUCCAAAUGGGCACACUGAGGAUGUGGCAAGCGCUUCAGUCCCCUAAGGGGAAAGGAGGAGGUGAUAUCACCUCCUGGAAACACCCAGGAAGCAAGUAGGGAUGGGGGAAUGAAGACUGCCAAAACACCCGAUCUGCUGUUUUCACAGUACAAAUACUUUUUUUUUUGGUUUUCAACUGUUCUGUUCCUUUUACUGUCUUUUCAUUUAAGCUCACAAAUGGCUGUAAGAUCCUGAGCUUCAGAGAACUAUGCAUGGGGAGAUGACAAGAGCAUCUUUCAGCUCCAACUUCCAGACAUGCUCCUUUUUUUUUUUUUUUUUCUUCAGCUAACCAAAACCCCAUGGUCUCGCUAGGGCAUGAUACAAACUGCGUCGCUGAACAUAUUUUCAAGCAAACUACAAGUUUUAAAAGUCUGUGCUACUCUCUGUCUCUGCAUUUUAUGUAAAUAUUUGUUUAUAUGUAAAGACACCAGUGGAUCCAUGGGUUACCCCUGCGGUCAAAAACCUGAGUUUGUGCAAUGCCUAGGCCUCUGUUAGAUCACGGUGCUUGCUUAGAGCUAGUCACCACAUUUGUGUGCACUCUGGUGGUUUUUAAUAUUUUUAUACAUCCUAAUCCUGAACAUUAUGAAGUAUUAUAAGUGGUCUAGACUGCAUGAUCUAGAGCAGCCAGCAUUUCUAUUUUCUUAGCAGCUGUUCCUAAAAUUUUCACAGCUACACCUUGUUUGGUUAACAUUCUUUUAAAAUGAGUUUUCAAUUAAACGUUUACACCAAGCGCCAGCGGACUAGAAAGGUGUUGCAUUAUAAAAUCUCCUGAGUACAAACUGAAAAGCCACAGCAUUGGCUGUAUGGGAAUUUAAAUCAUCACUGUCUGCAAUAAAGAGAACUCUAAAGCAUACUAAUAACCAGCUUGUACAUAGUUGGCGGAGAGAGAUCGCCUGCUCUUGACUGUUGCAAAGUAACAGAGAUUAGAAGCUUUCCAAAUGCCUCCGCUUUUGGAUUGCUCACAAUACUGCUAUAGACAGGGUGGCAGGCAGAUGAGGAUGUCAUUGAAAGUAGGUGUGGAGGAUGCCAAGUUCUGAUGGCAUUGCAGUAACUUAAAUAUUCUCUGUAUCUGCGUGUGCAUGCGUGCGUGUGUGUGAAGUCUGUUCCAGGUGAAGGGAUGUGCCUUGGCAUCUUCCCUUUUGAAUGAGAGUGAUCUCUGAUACUCAGAUUGUUCAAGGCUUUUAUGGUUGGCAUGUAUGGAGUGUUAACAGAAAAGCGUAUAUACCCAACUUGUUAAACAACAACAAAAAACACCAAAACUGUUCCAGCCUCUUUUCUGUUUGAUUGUUUUAUCAUUUGUUUUUAUGCACACUUGCUUCAUUGGUGUUGAGAUUUUAGCACCUCAGAUGGCCAACUGAACUAAAAGAAAAAAAAAGAAAAAAAAAAUAAAGUCAUUAAUUAUUUUUUCUUUUUGUUCGUGGAAUUACCGUUUGUUUCCAUGCAUCCACUCCCACAGCUGAUGAGGAAGCCAAGAGCUGAAGGAAGGUGAUCUUGAGAUAAAAGGCCAAGUGUUCCAGGGCUCCACUUCAGCUUUUUUUUGUUAUUCUUGAAAUGUUUGAGUCCAUCUGAAUUGUCUGAAAUAAAAACAAAAUCGAUCUUAA